AAUGAAUUUGAAGAUUGGAUCAGUCCUGCGAACACCUCAUAUAUUCCUUUCGAUAAUUCCACCAUGGCUCUACGAAUGCUCCCAUCUACCAUGUCUUCGCAAAUGAUUCCGCGACUCCUUUCGUUCUCGCCCGCCACCGGUCAAUGGUCUCGGUUCUUUCAGAGCUCCUCCGUUCUGACCCAAACCCUCUUUAGACCCGUUGGGUUGUCCUUGACAAUUCCGGGUCUGCUUUCUGAUAUCUGGGAUUCUGUUCUGCGUGCAGUACCGAAGAAGAAGGUCUCCCACAUGAAGAGACGCCAUCGGCAAAUGGCUGGCAAGGCUUUGAAGGAUGUGAAGAAUCUCAAUACCUGCUCGGGUUGUGGACAGGUGAAACGCGCACAUGUUCUGUGCCCACACUGUGUAGCGGAUAUCAAGAAGCAAUGGGGUAAGACCCAAACGGCAUGAUUCUUACGCGCGAUCAUGAGACGAGGAAGUCGGACGAUAAAUAGAAUACGAGAGACUCUUACGGCUAUUGUACUUUUAUAUGAAAGGGAGUGUGUUGUGUGCGGCAUGGCAUCUGGCGUCUGGUUUAUACUGGGGAAAAAUAUUUGUCUGUUUCUGUUUUGUAUAUCCAUUUCUUCCUAGAAUUUUGUUCAAUGGACACCAGACCUGAAUCUGGGUCGUCAAUCGCAUCCGUAUAAUCUCGUAUUUGUUUUUCUUCAGUUGUCAGCUUUGUUGUGGGCUGUUUGUUCCCCAGAUGUGAAAG